GAGGACAUGGAAAGGAUAAAUGCAACAUUGUUGACAGAGUUUAUCCUCAUAGGACUCCUAUAUCAACUGGAGUGGAAAAUCCCCCUGUUCUUUGUAUUCUUGGCAAUGUACUUCACCACCAUUGUGGGGAACCUAGGUCUGAUUACUCUCAUCAAGAAUAAUGCUCACCUUCACAUACCCAUGUAUUUUUUUCUUGGGAAUUUAGCCUUUGUAGAUACUUGGUUAUCAUCCACUGUGACACCAAAAAUGCUGGUUAGCUUCUUAGACAAUAACAAGAUGAUAUCUCUCUCUGAAUGCAUGAUACAAUUUUUCUCCUUUGUAAUCAGUGGCACAACAGAAUGUUUUCUGUUGGCAGCAAUGGCUUAUGAUCGCUAUGUAGCUAUAUGCAAACCUUUACUUUACCCAGUGAUUAUGACCAAUAGACUUUGUAUCCACCUAUUAGUUUUAUCAUUUGUAGGUGGCUUUCUUCAUGCCUUAAUUCAUGAAAGUUUUUUAUUCAGAUUAACCUUCUGUAAUUCCAAUAUAAUACAUCAUUUUUAUUGUGAUGUCAUACCAUUGACAAAGAUUUCCUGUACUGAUCCUGCUAUUAAUUACCUAAUGCUGUUCAUUUUCUCGGGUUCAAUACAAGUAUUCAGCAUUGUGACUAUUCUUGUCUCUUAUAUAUUUGUUCUCUUUACAAUUUUAAAAAAGAAAUCUGAAAAGGGUAGAAGGAAAUGCUUUUAUUCUUCCUUUUAA